GGGAGAGCGAGAAAGACAUAGAAGCCCUGGCAGAUGUUCGUGCAACGCAGUCAAUCCACAAAAAUUUAAGUCGGCUCGGUUUUUAAAAAUUAAACGAUGAAUUGUGUUUUUAAAGUGUUUAAAAACAUGCAAAUACUUUAAACGCAGUCUUUGGAAUAUUGUGCAUUUGGUAAAUUUGCGCAUUACAGGCAUCCAGCUAUAUUAAGUGACCAAAGCAAUUGCGCGCGUUUUCCGCUUGUUUCAUGCACUAGAGUGGAGGGUGAGACAAAGUUUUCCCACAACAAGAGUUGGUAGGGGUAAAAGUGCCACAUAUUUUCAAAAAGGCGUGAAAUGGCAGCCACUACCAACACGGCUAGGAAUACAAUUAAUAAUAGCUACGAAUCCGAACCAUCUACAGGAAGCGGGUCUUCGCUCAGUGAGAACAAUGAGGGUCAUAUAUCUGACGAUGAACAUAUGAGUUUACCAUAUCUAAUGAAACCCAAAUCCAUAAACAUUGAGGAAGACAAUGAUAGGGUACCGGAACAACUUUCCGUUGCAUCAUUAUCCAAUAAACCGAGCAGUCAAGAGACAUCUCAGUUCUUGGGUUUUGGAGACAGUCCCUACGGUCAGGUCAAUAAACGAUUCUAUGGGUCUCAAUUAGCAAAUUUAAAAUUGCCAGAACCACAGCCGACGGACAAAGAGCUUCAGCAGCAUGCUACUCACCCAGGCAGAAGUGUAUUUCCACGAUUUUAUGAUACGGUAGUAGAGGAAAAUAGCUGUAAUGCCGUGGAUAUGGCUGAGUCCAUCAACAUUGCAUGCACAACAACCAGUUUAUCUGGCAGCCUUUCUUUUGAUGGCAAAAUUAGAAGCCUGACCGAUGAGAACAAAUCCAGCGCUAGCACCAGCACCUCCCGUCCACUUAAUCCCCGGCUUUCCACUGUAUUGGAGACUUCGUUUAAUACCUCGCAGCAAAAAUAUAAUAAUGAACGGUCCCCUGAUCUUUUUGCUGCCAGUGAUGAUGAUGAUGAUGAUAAUGAUGAGCAAGACGAUGGGGAUAAAGGGAUCGGUUCAACUCUCGAAAAUCUGCCCGAAGUGUUGGAGGAAAGUAUUGUAGCGUGUCAACCUCGUUGCUCUCUUAAUACUCUAACAGAGUCGAGUUUCGUGGACGAACAUACUCUUGAUACCUCGAUUACCACUCAAUCGCUGAGUACUAGCAGUGAUCCACGUUCGCAUUUCCUUGAGAAUUGUCGGCGGGAAAGGGAACUCUAUCGCCGCACACUGCGAUGUCUUCAAGGUGUACGUCCUCCACCAUCGGUUACCACACCAGAUAUGGAUAUAAUCACCAUGGUUGUUAAUAAGAAAGCACAUGUUCUGAACUUCUUGGCAUCAUUUACUGCCACCGCAUCGUCGCCACCAUCUAUUGAGGAUAGUGGAAUAAGUAUGACUCCAUCUAUAUUUAAGCCCACUCAUACUUUGGUGGAAGCUCAACAAAUGGGAUGGAGAGAAGUUCUAGGAGUGCGUCACCAUGGAUUAAGUUAUAACCUCAACAAGGCUGCCGAACAAAAUGAAUACCUCAGCAUGUCCGUGGUGGAUAGGUAUGUGGGUAUGGAGACAGCCACAUCCUAUGUACGGUCACCAUCCAGUGCCAAAAAGCGCAAUAUGCGCAUGAAAAUGUUGACCCAAUCGCCAGGUAAUCGCCUUAGCCAUUUGGCUAAGCGACGUGCCAUAUUUUCCUCAGCAAAUUUGGCCACAAACUCCAUGAAACUAACUAGCACCAUAGGACCACAAAUCUUACUAGAUAAGAAGAAAGCACGAAACAAACGAAAGGCCACUCCGAAAAGAAAAACACCAGGAAGCAAAAAGAAAACCAGAAAAACGCCCUCUUCAUCUGCCCGCAAGCGUCUUUAUCGCAACGAUCUCAUUAAACCCGGACCAUCACGUGAAUCUUCAAAGCGUGCUCUUUUCCAAAGCCCAGCCAAGACUCAGCAGCAGUUGCUAAUGCCCCCCAAGCCUCUGUUCAAACCAGAAAUAGCGAAUCGCGUAGAGAAAUCAAAGCGUGCCCUUUUCUCGCCGGACCAUCAGAGUGGAAGCCAUCAGUUGGAAACGUUGCUUAAGCGUAAACGUAAUGCCUGCGAUGAGGAAGACGCCAAUGAAUUGGCCAGCCAAAGUAGCAAGCUUUUCAGGGCCAGCAGCAAUGGAGCAAGUGGACUAACGCCGCGUGCUUUAAAAAUAAAGAGCCAGAGUUUUUGUAUUGGAGCAGGUUCCUCCACAUCCGUAGCAGCCGCAGCAACAGGACAAAUAAAAACCACUCAGAAGUCCGUUUUGAAUCCUGCAGUGGGUAAAUCUCGAUAUAGCGGAAGCAGCAUAAAUCUAGCAUCCAGUUCUUCUUUACUCGGCUCUGGAACGCCGUUGCAGCGGGCUCAGUCAGAUUUGAGUGGAACAAGCAGCAACAGCAUGACGGAUAAUCAGCGCAAGAAACUACUUUGGGCCGUUUCACUAGCAUUACAGGAGAGAAAGAUAACCGCUAAGCAUGAGAGUUUCCGGCAAUAUGCGGCCGACCUAACACGCAUCGUGAAGCGUAUUUUCCAAGAAUUCUAUUUGGGACAUUCGACCAGCAACAGUGAGACAUUGUUGCGACUGGCCAAAAAGUUUGCCUACAAUGUGGUUGCUGGCAAGCAAGCGGAUGAGAUUUAUAUCCAGGCUCGUAAUCAGGAGAGCGAGGCUAAACGCGCCUCCAACACACGCCUCUCUGGAUACAUAGGUCCCGAAGAGUAUGCACAACGCAAAUUGUUGAUAACCCCGAAUUCGGCCUCUUCCUCUCAGCAAUCCCUACCGCAACGCGGAUCCAUUCAUAAUCUGUUUGGCAGCGAAAAUUCGAUUGAGUCUUUUGGUUUCAGCCAGAUCAGUCAGACUAAUAUGUGCUCUGACACUCAGUCCAGUCUCAUCGAUCGCAUCUCAGAUGAUUUAUUUUCCAAUAAGCCGCAACAGAACCAGCUGCCCAUUCAGGCCAAUCCGUCCCUUCAAAAUAGUUCGUCUAAAAGCAAUUUAAGCGGCCUGGCUCUGAGGGAGAAUGUGGACUGUGAGCAGCGAAGAUCGGCUCAGAAGAACUUUACCGGCAAGGAUCAACGGAAUAUAAGUCCUUACUAUGGCGGGGGAGGAGGCGGAAGCAACAAUGGAUCCGCUCGCAAGUUCCCACCAGUGACUACUUCAAGCAGCAUUAAUUCUGGAGUAAAGGCCAAGCGACAGAUUUCCUUCGAUAGCUAAAACAUAUUUAUUUAAAAAAAAGCUCCAUUUUGGUUUUCAGUUAUUUUGGUUUAUCCUCUUUUCUUAAUGAUUCUUUGCUGAUUGUUUCAUAGCUUAAUUUAAUUUAUAAUAAUUUUCAACUUCAUACAACCCAUAUGAACGAGAGAUUUGCACAAAUGGAUAUAAAUCUAUUUGCACAAAUGGAUAUAAAUCUAUUUUUAAAGUUUUUUUUUUUAAGUGUAUCGAUAUUUUAAAGACUUAAAUAACACAUUUUUUGCAAUAUUUAUCCACUGAAAUUCUAGAAAAUCCAUUAAACUCAAAAACAGUUUGUGCUUCAAAAUUGCAAUUUUUAACUAACCUAAAACCUAGAACAAAAUUAUAACUUUGAAAUAAUGUAAAAUUUUCAAGUGAAAAAUAGAAUUAUAUAAAUAUACACAAAGUCUGAAAAA